AGUGACUCCUUGAUUAACUAGGGUGUUCGGUCUUUACCUACUCUUGCGCGCUCUUUUUUUUUUUUCUUUUAUCUUUCUUUUUGAUUUUCUCUCGCGAAGCUUAUCCCGUACAAGCUGUCUUGUCUUUUCUUGUCGUUUUCUUGGAUUGCUUGGGUGUGGCUAAACCUGGGGCUGAGCUGUUUCUCUCAAUCCACCUGCCCAGCCACGUUGCUCUGGUCUUCAUCAGCUAUUAUUACCAAGCUAUCGGUUGAAACACCACGUCAGUAGGCCUUUGAUUCGCCUGUCUGCCUAAUUUGGGGCUCGUACCUGCGUGUUGGUCAGUUAGUAUUGAUAUCAACAUUGGCAUUUAUCGAUAUACAUCAUGCACAUCUACCGCCGCCAAGCCAGAAACCUGGCGUGGUACGACGAGGACGGCACCGAGUCGAACCACAACCCAUUCAAGAAGUUCAAAGCCCGACCUCGCCGCUCCAACUCGAUCCAGCUCGAGUCGGGCCUUUCCCACCGCAACACGGAGAGCGCGCUGCGGCUCUCUGCCGAGCGGACUCGGCGCAGGGACAUGACGCAUGGCCUGGGCGGUCCUGGACACUCGGACACCUUCCCCCCGGAGGCGUCGUAUGGGAUGGACCAUAUCGGGCCCGUGGGACGGACGGCCAGUGGGGGUGUUGUUGGUGGGGAGGGGGAGAAGGACGAGGAGCCGUCGAUGCGAAGCACGGACCCGAUCAAUGAGGGCGAAGGGGAUGGGAAGCCGCGGAAGCGAAAGGUGUUUUUCGGGAAGGGAGAUGGCGAUGAGGAUGUCGAGGGGGGAGACAGGUCGUUGACGCCGGUGGAAUCGGGCAAGUCGGCUGCGAGUGGGGAUAAGCAGAAGUUUACCGUUGCUGGACAGCUCAAGGCGACGGUGUUUAAUUCUUGGAUUAAUAUCUUGCUGUUUGCCGCGCCGGCUGGAAUCGCGUUGAAUUAUGUCGAUGUGAACCCGUUGGCGGUGUUUAUCGUCAACUUUAUUGCUAUUAUACCUCUUGCGGCCAUGUUGAGUUAUGCGACUGAAGAAGUUGCCUUGCGAACCGGAGAGACGAUUGGUGGACUGUUGAACGCAACCUUUGGAAACGCCGUUGAACUGAUCGUGGCCAUUAUCGCUCUGGUUGACGGACAGGUGGUGAUUGUGCAGACGUCUCUGAUUGGGAGUAUGCUGUCCAACCUGCUGCUUGUCAUGGGCAUGUGUUUCUUCUUUGGAGGUGUCAACCGGUUGGAGCAGCAUUUCAACCCUGUCGUCGCUCAGACAGCGGCGAGUUUGCUUUCGCUGGCGGUGGGCAGUUUGAUUAUUCCUACUGCGUUCCACAACUGGUCGGAUGGGGGGCAAAAUGGGGUUGCAGCUUUGUCGCGAGGCACCAGUAUCAUCAUGCUGGUUAUCUACGGAUGCUAUCUCUUCUUCCAGUUGAAGUCCCACACGGAAAUCUACAACACGCCCAGUCCCAAGGUCGAGAAGAGACGUGUUAAGAUCGCCGAAGGCGACGCCAGCCGUGGAAUUGCGCAGAUUGGCAAAAUGUCAGCCAGCAUGGCGGGUCAGAACGCCCAGGAAUUGAAGCUGCAGGACCCAGAUGACGAGGUCGAAGAGCCGCAGCUUAGCAUCUUUGUUGCUUUCUUGACUUUGGCUAUUGCGACUGCUUUGGUUGCUCUCUGCGCUGAAUACAUGGUCAACUCGAUCGAAGCUAUUGUCGAACAGAACCCCAUUUCCGAAACCUUUGUCGGACUGAUCCUUCUCCCGAUUGUGGGUAAUGCGGCUGAGCACGCGACGGCCGUGACCGUGGCAUGCAAGGACAAGAUGGACCUAGCGAUUGGAGUCGCGGUGGGAUCGAGUAUGCAGAUUGCACUGCUGGUUCUUCCCUUGAUUGUAGUCAUUGGAUGGUGCAUGGGCAACGACAACAUGACACUCGACUUUGAUGGCUUCCAGGUGAUUCUGCUGUUUGUGGCUGUUCUUCUGGUCAACUAUCUCAUUGCGGAUGGCAAGUCGCAUUGGCUGGAAGGCGUGCAGUUGAUGAUGAUGUAUUUGAUUAUUGCCGUUGCUGCUUGGUUCUACGAAUAACCGAUACGCUAAUUACUCACUCAUACGGCACUAUUGUGCAUUAUAAUCUACGUGAUACCAGAUUUAUCG